GGCCAGGACGGAAACCAGCUUGGUCUUUAGUCAGCUUGGUGUCUAUGAGUGGCAUGAGGCGUUGGAGUAGCAGCCUCUCGUAGAGCUUGUAAGUGAUGCAGAGGACGGAAAUGGGUCGGUAGUUCUUUGGGGAUCAUGGGUCUUUGCCGGGUGUAUGUGAUUUAAUGAUAAGCAAGGGCAAAAGCUACUUUUUUAUGGUAGUCUGAAUGUGACCGGUAUAACCCUCUGUAACACAUCCCUCAGUCAACAACAUGUUUGCAAGUUUCAUGACAAAAUACAUCUCAAAACGUCUGGGACCACUGUGUGCGGCACAAAUAUGUUUCAUGUUGGGUAAUGUGGACACUAGCUUCCUCACUUUAGUGACUUGCAUACUCAGCCGUUCUGUAACCCCGUCACACAGACAACGAUACCUUCAGGACUGCCUUCCAGCAGAGAAUUUGGCUUGAGACCUGGGUGUCCACUGACAGGUCUGAGAAUAAACCAGGGAUGACUGGAAUACUUUCCAUAGUGUAGAGGAGAGUUAUAUUCAGGAUACUCUGACUGUGUUAGCUGGACAACACCGUCAUGAUGUGAUAAAACAAAGACAUCGGUCUACAGUAACAUGUGUCUGUCAAAUUAGAACUAGGGUGGCACUAGCACAAGUUAAACAUAAGGGAUGUUGCUGUAAAGGAUCUGGAAUGGGUUUUAUAGGCGGGUUUGAAACAUUACAGAAAACCAGAUAGCACUUCUGAUUGGUCAGGAGAGUAGAGAGGGUGGUGCCUACAGCAUGACAUCCUAACUGAGGUGGUAUAAAAACGGUCCUGCACGAUUCUACUGCAGAGGGAUGAAACACUGCAGGCAACUUGCUGCUCGUGGGAGUUUGUAAAACUACAACCAAACAUUGAUAACAUUUCCAUUCUUCAAGAUCACACUAUCAAUAUUGAGAUGUCCAGUGCAACUGUUCUGCCAGGGGUCAGCCUGGAGUCAAUGGCCCAGUCAGCUGGACUUGCAGAGAUUGCGGUCAGACUGUGCUUGAACCAACGUAAACAACUUUGUCCUCAUGUUUGGGUUCCCAUCCUGAAGCCUCAGCGCCCGUGCAUCCGGCUUAAAGUGUCUGAUCAGCUUUCCUCUGAAAUCUUUAGACAAGCCUAUCUGACCCACCUCUUCCCAUCCUUCUUGGAGGACUUUGAUGAAGAUGAUGAUCUUUUAUUCCCAGUGAAGAACAAACGUGUGAUUUUCGCUGACUCACGGGGAAUGUCUUUGACAGCCGUGAGAGAAUUUUCUGAUGAAGAGGAGCAGUCUGACAUUAACCUGCUGCCGUCGCUGCAGGAUUUGGGGAGCAUGAUGGAGGAUGGCUACAGCUGCACAGUCAGCACCUGCUGCCCAGGAACAAGCCUCAAACUGGGCUUCCCGCAGCCUUCUGCAGAUUUCCAGGCCUUUCGUGCAAAGCUAGCCGAGAGCAUGGUGACCCUGGAGAACUGCAGCGUUAAUGAACAGGCGCUCCACGGGACGGUGCGCGUCAGGAACAUCAGCUUCCAGAAGGAGGUUCGUGUUCGCAUCACCUUUGACUCGUGGCAGAGCUACAGAGACGUGCCCUGUGCUUACCUGCCGAAACGCUUCGGGGGCCCUCAGACAGACAUCUUUGAAUUUGACAUUGCCAUCCCUAAAGUUCUGGAUGCCAAACGGAGGAUUGAGUUCUGUCUGAGUUAUUCUCCCGGUGGGCAGAGCGAGCCGUUUUGGGACAACAACAACGGACAGAAUUACAGCGUGGUCCUGUGCGUCAGCUCACAUCUCUGCUGCGGGAAGAAUCUGAGUGAAAGGGCAUGACGUGCUUAAAAUAGAUAUUAUCCCUUUUUGUUGUCAGACAUAAAGCAUCAG